AUGUUUGUGGAAAACUUAGAAAGAGGUUUUUACCGUUUAAUAAGAGAUGACAGAUGUUUAUUAUUGGUUAACUUUGAUGUUGAUGCAAUUUGUGCCUGUAGAAUUUUACAACAACUUUUCAAAAAUGAUAACAUGAUAUAUACACUUGUGCCAGUCCAGGGAAUUCAAGAUAUGGUUCGUGCCUUUGAAGAUAAUUGCGAAGAGAUAAAAAAUGUUAUUUUUAUAAAUUGUGGUGGUAUAUUAGACUUAGUAGAAUUAUUACAACCUACAGAAUCUGUGAUAUUUUAUAUUCUUGAUAGCCAUAGGCCUUAUGAUUUAUGUAAUAUAUAUUCUGAAGAUCAAGUGCGCAUACUUGGUAAAAUUGAUGAAGAUGAUGAAAUUCCAGAUUAUAAUGAUGUCUUCAGAGAUGAUUCAUCAGGUGAAGAUGAAACAGAUGAAGAAUUAACAAGUGAUGAAUUUCAAAGAAAAAAACGAAGAUUAAAUGAAGAAGAUAUCAUUAAAAGAGCUGAACGAAGAAAGUGGUCCGAAAACAGAGCAACUAUUUUGUUCAAUUAUAUGCAGUAUAGUUAUUAUGGCAAAUCAAGUGCAAUGCUUAUAUUUGAAAUGGCAUGGUCUAUGUCAAAAGAUAAUCUGGAUAUGGUCUGGUGGGCUAUAGUUGGUUCUACAGAACAAUCUAUUCUAGGUAAAGUAGAGUCAAGAUUGAGUGUUCUGGAGGAAGGCUCUCUUCAAGCUCAUGUGUCUAGACUAACUCAUAAACAAGGGGGUGAUGUUGAUAAGCAAGAGCAACAGCAACAAAGUACAGUAAAAAUUACUUAUGAUAAAGAUCUUUUACUUGUUUUAUAUCGACAUUGGACUGUAGAAGCUAGUCUGAGGCAUUCUGUACCAACUGCAGUAUCAUUACGACUUUGGUCAGUUAGAGGAGAACAACGCUUGAAGGAAUUAUUAGCAGAAAUGGGUUUACCUUUAGCACAAUCGAAGCAACGAUUUUCAGCAAUGGACCUGACGCUUAGACAAGAAUUUAGACAAAUGGUUGAAAAAUUGGCAGGAAAAUAUAAAGUAGACACUGUGAUUGGAACAAGUUUUAGUCUUCAAUAUGGUUACAGGUUUAAGUACUGUGCGUCAGAUAUAGUUUAUGCUAUGCUUGCUUUAAUGGAAUCUUCUUCGACGGAAAAGUUACCACAAUGUUGUUUUUUAGAUGCAUUGGACUGUUUAUCACGUACAAAGAAAGAUAUAUUAGAAAGUGGCAUAGAAAAAGCAAAACUUAUGUUUAGUAGUAUUUUUAAAACUGCACAGGGCAUUUUACAAAUGAAACAAAUCAGAAGUGCUGGUUCGUUUCUUUACAUAAUUAUUCCAGAAGGAAGUGCUGAUAAUCACGUAUUCGCGCAUCCAUAUCCGUUAAUGAUGUUAGCUCAGUUUACCCUAAAAGCUUAUGUAGAUUCUUCAAAAAGUAGACGUGCUCCAGAAUGGCCACUUGUAGCUUCUUCAAUAGAUAAUGCAGAAAAGGGUACGUGUCUUAUGGUUGGUAUACCACCGGUAUGUGAAGACCAACCAAGAAGUUUAUUUGGAAGAGCCUUUGAACAAGUGGCCAAAAAUACAAAUUCUUACACAGAAGCAGAUUACUUUGACACUACAAUAAUAAGACUGAAAAUUGAGGAAAGACCAAAAUUUUUAGAUGCUUUGGCAGCUCUCUUAGUGUAA